CCCUGAGGUUUAACUUCGGUACUUUCCGCUCGACCUCGUUUGCAUAACAAAAGGUCUAGUUGGCAUGCGCAUUCAUUGAGCAACUGAUAACUCAGUUCAACAGAGGAUAGAUUCAACGUGCGGGAGAGUACGGUAACUGACAGUUCACAAGUAUUCGGUGUCACAAUAAAGAUGUUCAGCUUUCAUAAACCGAAAAUAUACAGGAGCAUUAAUGGAUGUUGUAUAUGUAGAGCCAAAUCUUCUAGCUCACGAUUCACAGACAGUAAAAGAUACGAGUGUGAAUUUGAAAAGUGCUUCCGCAUUCACGAGAAAAGGGCAGGAGAGAUAUGCAAUGCCUGUGUCCUAUUAGUGAAGAGAUGGAAGAAGCUACCAGAAGGGACAAGUCGACAUUGGCACCACGUGGUGGAUGCCAGAGCUGGCCCAGGAAUCAAGUCCUCCAUGAAGAUCAAGAACAACAAAAGUCCCACCAGCAGAAAAUACAAGUCUCCUCUAAAACCCAAGAAGAUGUACUCCACUAGCCUUCCCAGUAGUCUCUACGACAUGUCGGUGAAUGAAGAUAGCUGUGACAAAGACGAGUUUGAUGGCAGCGAUAGCGAUGAAUCCGAGGUGGAGGAAAUUCAGCAAAGUUGUCAGCGAAAGAACAAGAGGAAGCAGGCGGACCCACACAUCAGUCCUUUCCUUGAUCUCAGUUACUGGAAGAAGACAGAGGUCUGCUGUGGUAUAAUAUUUAAGGGCAUGCAUGGAGAGGUUCUAGUAGAUCCCCAGUUACUGCAUCCCUGCUACACCUGUCACAAGAGAGGAAACGAACGAGGAGGGGAGAGGAGACGAGGAGGGGAGAUCCGGCGCAGCCAGUCCACUGAUGACACAGAGAGCAACUCCAGCACAAACAGCUACGGGGAAACAGAAUUCCUGGACGCAUCCAGUGUGGAAAACGAUAUGGACAGUAUCCCGUCACUGGAAAACAGUGCUGCUAUCUCUCUAGCAGAGUUCAAGUGUUCAGACUCCUUCUCACAACCACCCCCGUUGGCAAUGGAGUGUUGACUGCACUAAAACUAAAGAAAAAGUGGGGGACUGUAUACUGUCUGCAGAUUUUUUUUUUUUGAUUAUUUUUUUGUUUUUGGAUGUUUUCUGCAGAAUAUUAUCUAUCCAUGGUGGAUUAUUAUCUUGCCAAGAUGUGCAGCAAAACUGAUUUGAAAUAUAUCGGGGUUUUGAAGUGGGAGAAUCUUGAUUAUGAAAUCAAUGCGUGUUGUGAAAAUGGAAUUUAAUUUAAAAUAUGUGCAAAACCUGUGUGACUGGUGUGUGAAAAAACAGUAAAGGAUGGUUUUGCUUGUUUUUUCUGUGAGAUUUUAAGGAGAAAGAGAUCUGUUUUUAAAAGAAGAACAAACAAACAAACAAAAAAACCAAAAAAAAAAUGUAAAACUGGAAAACUGUGUUAAGGAGAAAUUGUUAUUUCCAGACCAAAAGGACUUGGGUGGCUCUAGUCAAACAUAACAGUCACAGUUCUAUGCCAUUGCCUUGGGAAGUCGAGCACAUAACGUCAAAUGACCUAGUGUGAUUCUAAGGGAUUUAUUACGUGGAUACAUGAAGCACAUGAUGCAGUGAUUGCCUGAAAAGAAAGUUCCUGAUUAACUUUUUUGCCAAAAUGCUCAUUAUACAUGUAUAACAUGUAUUAUAUAUACAUGCGUAUAGCAUAUAUGAUAUACGACUUUUUACAACCAAAGUUUACUCUGUAAUAUUUGAUACUGAUAUUUUUUAUUGGUACGCUUGUACCAGGCACAAUAUUAUUGUAUCGAUCAUCAUCAGGCAUUUUUCUGUUGCUCCCAUGGUAAUUAUGACAACACUUACUUUAUGGUCAUCCCACGUUUUGUGUUUCUAAAGACAUUUAAUGCAAGGUGCAUCCUGGUCAUGAAAUCUGAACAAAACUUUUAGCACUUUUUAUUAAGAUGUGACUAUCAUUUUUAUGAUAUUUUAAUUUGUCAGUGUUCCAGUUCAGCACAAAAUUAUAUAUAUACUGAAUGUAUAUAUAUAUGUAAACUGAGGAAAUGAAAUGUCAUAAACAUGAUUUUGUAAUGUAUAUUUAUUCUAAUUUAUGAUACUGGUACUGAGAUACCAGCUACAUGUAUAUAAUGUUGUACAAAGUUGUUUAUGAAUCAUUAUUUAUUUGCAAAGGAGAAGUCCACACGCGAUUGAUUGUUUUUCUUAUUGUUCAUGGUUGUUCUUAUCUCACAUCCCAUUACAAUACUCAACCGAUGAAAGUUUAGUUUAAAAAGAAACAAAAAAAAAACUGUACAUAUAUAUAAAUCUUUGGCAUUAUAACUUGCCAGGUACGAAUAUAUUUCUCUUUCAAGUUAUUUUAUUUCCUUCUGGGUUAAACCACAAACAACUCUUCGCCUUAUUUCUUAUUAUCUUAACAGGAAUAGUCUUAUGUGAGCAAAUCUUCCCUGGAUAUUUUGUCCAGGAAGAGAUGGUUGUUGAAAGGAAUUAUUUCAUUGGAGGAUGUCUCAUGGGGAAGUUAAGAUGUAAGCGAAAAAGAAAAAUGCUCGGUUUUAUUUUCUAAUAUAAUGCAGUUAACUCAUUUGUCAUUUUCGUCACUUCAUUUAUUUAAAAAAAUAAAUAUAGCAAGGCAUUAUGCACUGAUUAACUGGUGCUGUGAUUUAGUCAUGAUUCUGAUUUUGACAUUAAGAGAUACUCAAGUGACCACCAUUAACACCCUUAGGUAAAAUAAGAUUGGGGGUUUAACUUUUUGUUUUUAUUUUGUUGAAAUAUGUACAGAUGCAUAUCACAUACUUUUCUGGUACUUGUAGAGUGUUGUAAUGAUGGAUUUGAGUGUCAAUUCCUGUGAUUAGAUUGACCGGUGUAAAUAUGUGGCCAGAAAGCAUAUGCCCAGUGGCAAUAUCUCCAUACUUAGAAUUUUGGGAAGCAAGUUGGGUUUUUUUUAAAUUGUAUAGGGAAAAAGUGGAAAAUGAAACUGGGCAAAUGAUUUCAAGAAAAUGAUAUAAAUAUAUAUUACAUGUAGUGUCUGUUGUAACACACCCGUUACAUAAUUUACUUUUAAUAUAUAUGAAGGAAAUGAUACCUUUGUUUAGAUGAAAAUGACCUGUUAAAAAAGAAAAUCCUGAACAACAUUACGCACUAAGAGGGUAGAGUUUAUUGUUAAAUUUUAGUGGUCGCUGGGUACAGAUAUAUGAUCAAAGCGAUUUGAAUGUUCCACUAUGACAGAUGUUUAUAGAAACAGAUAUAUUGUAAUGUAAAUAGUUUCAAUGCAUGUCUUUCUUGAAAAAGUCUUACCUCUAGAAAGUAUAGCCUAUUGUUGUCUUGUGUUGACAUGUGGGAGGAGGAUCCAAAUAUUCCUUGACAAAAAGUCAGACAAAUUUUCCUAACUUGUUAAUUUUCUACAUAGGCGAAUUUUGGGUCCUUCUCUGGUAACUUUUUUCCAAUGUUUUCGAGCUGUUCCGUGUUCAUUACAGUCAGAUGAGUAGAAUUAUUGACCUACAGGAAGUGUAAUGUCUGUUUAUUGUGUCAGUGGUCUGUAUUUUUUAUUGCCUAAAUGUUGUACUUGCAUAAACUUUUGUGUCACUUAAAAAAGACUGUGAAGUACUAGAAAUGCAAACAGGUGUUAACACAUAGAAAGCUACUUAGACCUGCUUUUCACACCUAUGUGAUUCGUGUGGGUGGGAUUUGCUUUAUUUUCCUUUGAUUUAAUCAGGGAUUUUUUUUCUCAGGGUAACCCCUCCCCCCACCCCAGUAACUGUUUCAGUUGCAGCAUCACAGUGUCCCCACACAAUUUGUAUUAUUAUUUAUUUAAGUGUAGAAUAGUAUUUCUAUUCCUCUUUUAUACUGAGAAAGAAGCAAAUGUUGCCAACAAUUUAUAUUUAUACUUUUUAAAUCAAUUUAAAAUGAAAAAAAAUAUAUCAUUUAGUUGCUAAAGCAGCGUUCUACCAUUGCUGUAUGUGACAAUGUUGCUAAUGUAUAUUUGUGAGUAGCAUUUAAUGCAGUGUGUAGAAGACUCAUCCCCCAUCAUAUGUUGAGAUGUUUUUAUCAAGGUCAAACCUGUUCCAGUCAAGGACACUGCCACAUGGAACGCAAGCCAUUGAAAACCUCAACAUUUUUUUAUAGACAGUAUAAAUGUUCUCCAGAAAUACAUUGACUGAUCUCAAUUUUUAUAUAUUGUGUAUGCAUGACUACAAGUAUACUGAAUGCUUUUUGACAUGUAAACAUGAGUAUUGUACCCAUUGAGGGCCAGUAAGGAACACGUAACAAUAAUCUGUCCAGAAUAUGUUCAUAAUAAUUUUUUCCUUUUUAUAAAUAAAUUGCAUGUGAUGAUUUGCUUUUUUGUAGUGUAAAGGUUUGUGUUUGAUUUUUUUUCCAAAGUCGCUCAAAUAUUCGCUGUUGGCAGAAAUACACUGACUGUCCUUCAUUUGGUAAAAACAAACAUACAUACACAAGGAGUUUACAAUACCUUUUUUUUUCUUUGAAAUUGUCUACCUCAGAUAUCCAGAACAAGAUAUAACAUAAGAAUGGUCGAUACUGUGUUGACAGGACUGUCCUCGUUUUAUGUUGAUCUGGUUAAUCGUAUUCUGUCCUGCAGUAGGGAAGAUGAAGGGAAGGAAACAUUUUGUAUUCAUAACCUGGCGGACGGUCGUUUUUUUGGUGUACCUGUGUUUUUUUUAGUACGUGUGUUUUAUUUGUCUUCCACAGUAAUAGUGAAAAACCGUCGCCGACAUCGAAUUUCGUUAUUCUCAUUUUUCGAAUUCCUCAAGUUCAGGGUUUUGAACUAAUUCCAUUUACACAUUUUCUACGUGGCCUUGUUUCCGCAAUAAUAGAAACUAGGACACUUAGUCAAGCAUUGUAAUAAAUGAACAAUUCCGAGCAAAAAUAUAGAACUUGUCAAAAUGUUUCCCUUCACUGUCCAUGUGUAAUGCUGACCAUUGGACAGAUAGCUACCAAACACCAGUAUAAGAUAGAUGACAUUCCGAAGUGACCAGUGUGACGGAAUAUUUCUGUAUGUCUUCUCAUAUGUACAUUUCAUUAUUAAAGCAUUGUAUUGAAAAAUA